AUGCGACUCGAAGUACUCAUUCAAGAUGGAGGAAUUUAUUUGGACUCAGAUGUAUUAAUACUUCGUUCAUUUGAUCCAUUAUUGAAUUUGAAUAAUAUCGUUAAGGUUCAUCAAGAUGAUCAAGAAGCAGCUUUUAAUGCAGUGAUAUUAGAGAAAAAAGAUGCCACGUUUCUGAAACGUUUAUAUGAUGCUUAUCAAAAUUUUAAUCAGAAUUGUUGGGACUGCCAUUCAGUGAGACUUGCAGGACGUUUAACAUCGAUGUAUCCGAAUGAAAUCACUGUCUUACCUACCAACACAAUUUUGCGUCCCAGUUGA